UUUCAUAUAUCGAGCUGCGUCGAUUUAUUAUCCGAAUUUCGACAAGUGUGGUGAAAAUGUCGUGGAACCAUAUCUUCAUGUGCCGGUGGUCCAAAUGCCGCGCUGGGAUGCUCAGCAUCUGAAUCGGAGUGGGUGACAUGUUCCAGUAGAACGAGGCACGGGAGAAUAGAGGCUGCAGCAAGCUCGGGUAGAGCUGGAGGAGAGAUUGACGGCAGGAAUUGGAAGCUGCUGCUAUGGCGGCGGUUCUGGCUUCGACGUCAUGCUGUUUUCUGGGAGGAGGAGGAGCAUGGAAGCCGGAAUUGGUGCGCAGGAGGGUGUUGAGUACGGCGAGGUACACGGUGGUUGUAGGGCAGGGCGGGAGUGACGAUGUAGGAGAGAAGAGUGGUUCCAGGCUCUCGAGCAUUUUGAAAAAUAAGCAGCGCAUUCUGCAGUCGCAGCUCAGUAGGCUAGAGAAUGGUCAAUUGGAGUCGCGGUUGUCGUCGUUGGAGCCUUAUGAGAGCCCCUACAGGCUUCUGGAUACCAUUGCUGGACAAUUGAUGCAGGGGAAGACCACCGUCGUUGCCGAGAUUGCGCGGCUCUCUCCUUCAGAAUCUCUCGAGAGCUUUUCCAGUCGCUGCUCCAAGUAUGUGGAAUGGGGUGCUGAUGCCCUUGCCGUCUGUACUGACGAGGAAAAAUCUCCUAAUGGUGUUGCCGAUCUGACUGCCGCAUGCCGAGCCGUCAAUGUGCCGGUACUGCGCAAGGACUGGAUAAUUCACCCUUUGCAGGUUGCUGAAACAAGGGAAGCAGGUGCUUCUUCACUUACAGCAGUGUAUUCUGUUCUUGGGAAAGGUUCACCAGCUAUUUUGCAAUAUGCAGUUUCAUUGGGACUUGAUGCCAUUCUUGAGGUGAUCAAUCUUCAAGAAUUACAAGAAGUCGAACCUCUCGGAGCCCCUCUUUAUGGCAUUAAUCUUUCCGUCGGGAUAACCCUAUCACUGCCAGGCGUGAGAAUGGACAUAGCCAAGGCCCUGGUUGGGCAAAUACCUUUUGGAGCGUCAUCCCUCGUUGGCGUGUGGUCCAUCGAGGAGGCAAUACAGCUGAAAGGUGAGGGAGCAGACGCCGUUUAUGUGAGGCAUGAAGUCUUACAGGGUCGCAGUGCAGUGGAGGCGAAGCAGCUGGUUCCGCGAACGUUUUUGGAGAACCUUAGAGACGCAAUGACUGGAGACGAUUAGCUCAAAUCAAAAACUUCUAACCUGAAUCUCUACAACCAACCGUGCAACACAUGUCGACCAUGUCCAUGUAAUCUGUACACAUAAUGAGCCAAGAGUUUGUCGAUACUACUCUGUGUACGGUGUUGGUGGCUAGUUCAAGCGUCUGUUAUAAAAGAUUACAGGCUUCUGGUUAACUCAUCUUAACUUUCGGGUAUAAGCCACUUGGUAUCUUAAACCCCAAAGAAUGCAUUCUAUCUUCAUUUACUCUUCUGGCAGUCAUUCGAUUGUCGACAAGUGAAAGAAGUAUGUAAUGUCCGACUUGACUUGGAUAUCAAGGAAGCAUGAGCGAACAGUUUUGUUGCAACGUACGAACAUUCUGCG